AUGGCUAUAAACGACGGCAUCGAAGUCCGCGGCACCAAAGGCGGCGCUAAGGGCGGCCGCUCCAUCCAUGCAACCCGCCGCUUCAAGCCCGGGGACGUCAUCGCCCGCUUCGAAGACCCGGCCGUGGUGCUCCCGCCGGGCCACCGCGCGCUCGAGUACUGCAACCACUGCCUGAAGAAAGAGCAGCAGGCGGGUGGCGUAAAGCUCCGAGCCUGCACGGGGUGUAAAACGGUGGCCUACUGCGGCCCAACGUGCCAGCGAGCUAACUGGUCCCUGAUACACAAGCUCGAAUGCAAGGCCAUCCAGAGACUGCACGAGAUCAAACCGGCGCACGAGCCGAACUGGGUGCCGACGCCGAUCCGCGCCGCAGCGCAGGUCAUGCUCCGGCCGCAGGUGUUGGCACGGUUUGAGGAGCUAGAGGGGCAUGUUGAGCAGUGGAGGAAGAAGGAUGAGACGGAUUUGCAGCUUCAGUCGCAGGGUGUUGUGAGGUGUCUUGGGUUGGACACAGGCACGUUUGAGGCGUUAGAGGGAGCCUUUCAGGUUCUGUGCAAGCUCCAGACGAAUGCCUUUAGCAGGUCGGAGGAAUACUUCGAAACGGGCGGUGUGUUCUUGGACACUACGUUGGCUAUGAUAAAUCACUCAUGCGUACCAAAUGCGCUGGUUCAAUUUGGUGGGAGAACGGCUACGCUCCGUGCCGCGUCAUGCAUUAACCCCGGCAAUGAGAUUGAAAUCUCAUACGUCGACCAAACGCAACCGAAGAGUAAAAGACAACACGAACUCAACCUUUACCAUUUCGAGUGUUCUUGUAUCAAAUGCCAGCACGACUUUGAUGAGUAUCAAGUCGCUAUGGCGGAUCCAACCAUUGAGCUGAACACGCUCAGUGUCAUGCCCAACAUUGAAAGAUUCAAGAACCCUCCCGGAGGCGGCAACUUUAACCCGUUACAGGGAAUAGAGGGCUCGAAGCUCUAUAAGCUCUUCCCCGCGCUCCCUCGCAAUAUGAUGCCCGACGAGAAGCACAAGUGGUUGAGAAAAGCUUACAAGACAGCAUCAUGGUUUUCCAAGGUUGGAAGAUACGCCAUCGAGCCAUUCGCACAGCUUGUGGAUGAGGCGGCCUUCUACUUCGGCAAAGAUCGUGACAACCACGAGUGCGCAUUGGCAGUCGCAUGCUUGUCGGCUUACGAGAUCGAGCCGUACAAGCAUGUUGUCCCGUUCCACCCCCAGAGACUCAAGGGGUUGUCCUCCAUCGCAAUUGCUCUGUCCAACACUGCACCCAACCCCACCAAGCUCACGAAGCUCGCCCGUGACAUGGCUGCGAUGAAGUCGUUUCCGGAAGCGGGAGUCAAGGUCCUAGAAAACCUGGACCAAGUCUCCUUGUGUCAGAUGGUCCUUGCGAUCAUCGACGUCUACAGCCCCCAAGCGCCGUCAGCUGACUGGGAAGUCGUGGUCUUGGCCAAAGAGAUGUUGACCGAUAUCGAAAGUCUCCCAGGGCGAGAAAAAGAUAACGCCUUGAUCAAUGCCUGGAGAAACGAUCCGAACGGAAUGGAGGAGUUCUUCAGGUACGGGUUGGUGGAGCCGGUCAAAAUGUUGUCCGAGCUCGGAAAAGUUGUAUUAGAAGUAGACCUGGGCCAGGACCAUGAUCUGUCCGCCUCAUGA